GUGGCGGAGCCGCCGCGCGCUGAUUGGCCGGGGCGAACACAUUUAUUCCCUGACAAGCCCCCAUCACAUGGAUGGUUGUCUAUUAACUUGUUCAAAAAAGUAUCAGGAGUUGUCAAGGCAGAGAGAGAGAGUGUGUGUGUUUGCAAAAGGGGGUAAAGUAGUUUGCUGGCUCUUUAAGACCGAGGUAGAGAGAGAGAGAGAGAGCGAGCGUCAGGCAGAGAAAAGGGAAAAAGGAGGAAGAAGAAGUUUUUUAAAAUCGAGGCUCCGGCGGUAAUAAUAGCAGUUAUUAGCAUUAUUAAUCCAUCAGCGAAGAGGAAGAUCCUGAUCUUGAUCCAAGUGUGGUUUUGGGGAGUCCCCCUCCCCCCUUUCCUACCCCUCCCUAGGAAAAAAAAAAAAAAAAAAAAAGUCCGGCUCGGGACUUCGCCGCGGCUGCUCCUCGCUUCUCCGCUCACGGCUGGGUCCAGGCAAAAGUAGUUUGAAUGUACAACAUGAUGGAAACCGAGCUGAAGCCUCCCGCCCCCCAGCAAACUUCGGGGGGAGGCACAGGCAACUCCAACUCGGCCGCCAACAACCAGAAGAACAGCCCGGACCGGGUCAAGCGCCCGAUGAACGCGUUCAUGGUGUGGUCCCGCGGGCAGCGGCGGAAAAUGGCCCAGGAGAACCCGAAGAUGCACAACUCCGAGAUCAGCAAGCGGCUCGGGGCCGAGUGGAAACUUUUAUCCGAGGCGGAGAAGAGACCCUUCAUUGACGAAGCCAAGCGGCUCAGGGCUCUGCACAUGAAGGAGCACCCGGAUUAUAAAUACCGACCCCGGAGGAAAACCAAGACCCUCAUGAAGAAGGAUAAGUACACGUUGCCGGGGGGCUUACUGGCGCCGGGCACCAAUACCAUGACGACUGGGGUAGGGGUUGGGGCCACCUUGGGAGCUGGGGUGAACCAGAGGAUGGACAGUUACGCGCACAUGAACGGCUGGACCAACGGAGGCUAUGGGAUGAUGCAAGAGCAGCUCGGCUACCCGCAGCACCCGGGCUUGAACGCGCACAACGCGGCGCAGAUGCAGCCCAUGCACCGCUACGACGUGAGCGCCCUGCAGUACAACUCCAUGACCAGCUCGCAGACUUACAUGAACGGAUCGCCCACCUACAGCAUGUCUUACUCCCAGCAAGGGACCCCCGGCAUGGCCCUGGGCUCCAUGGGCUCGGUGGUCAAGACGGAAUCCAGCUCCAGUCCCCCCGUUGUCACUUCCUCCUCUCACUCAAGGGCUCCUUGCCAAGCUGGGGACCUUCGGGACAUGAUCAGCAUGUAUCUACCAGGUGCUGAAGUACCAGAACCAGCUGCCCCAAGCAGACUUCAUAUGUCCCAACACUACCAGAGUGCACCUGUUCCUGGCACAGCCAUUAAUGGCACACUCCCUCUAUCACAUAUGUAAGACAAAGGGGC